AUGGAGGAGCUAAUCAGGCAAAAGAGAUGUCUCUGCUGCUUCUUCUUCUUCUUCUCUGUAUUAUUUGGUCUUGAAAAUGUCUCUGUCAGGGUCAGUUUUUCAGACCAACCACACAAGGAGGAGUACUACCGUGCUCCGGAUAUCGAGUUUGCAGCAGCGGUUGCAGCUGCUUCAUUGUCCAUUUAUUCACUCCAUGAAGCUGAGGAGCAACAAAGAGGGAAGAUAAUGGAGGAGAUCAAGAUUAGAAAAGAAGGCAGCACAAUUGGUUCUGGUGAAAAUUUUAAAGUAAAACCAUCAGGAGUGGAUCAAAAGCCACAACAGAUUAGUUUACCAAACAGGGAAGCAAGUCGAUCAUCCUCCCUACGACCGAUGGGAUCUGCAUUCGAAGACCAAAGACGGAUAAGGAAUUCCCAGAAUGGUGGUGGAGAAGACAAAGCAGAGUCUUGGAGGAAAAUUCAGAUGCAAAAGAUUAAUAAAAGGUAUGAGAAGACCAAGUCUAUAGUUCUUGUUUGGGAGAGACAGAAGAAAAUGCAAGCUGAGCUUCAGAAGCAAAGGAAACAAAGUGAAUUGGAGCAAAGAAUGCUUAUGAACAUCAAACAUUACAAGAAUAAGUUGGCAAGAAUCGAUAAGAUUGUCGGAGAGGGGAGAGGAGAAUUAGAGGAAAAAAGAAAAAACGACGAGAAGGAACUGAAAGAGAGGUCUAAGAAGAUUCGAUCGACAGGGAAGGCUCCCGUCAAGUGUUUCUGCUUCUGAAUGUUUUAAGGAAAUUGUUGCCAAAUG